AUGUCCGUCAUCGAUCCAAUGGACUCCCGGGCUCUUCAUUCCACUCCACUUCGAGGCGACGAUGAAACUACCCGAAGAAAACCGAGCAACAAUGCUGCCACUGGUGCGACGGCAGCGGGAGGUCGAGCCCUCAUUGCCAGAGGUGCAGCUUUCUAUUUUAGAGCCCCUGUCAAAGCAUUCUUUCGAACAAGAGUUGACUACCUCGCCUACGCAAAGUCAAUCAACCCCAGGAUCCAAUCCGGAGAAUUCUCAUGGCGGACUACUACUCCGGGUCUUCUCACCCAUGCUGUCAAGACCUAUGGUUGGCGGUUCAUUCCUGAGCAAGUCCUUCCGCCGCUUCUCGCAAAUGCAGCUGUUGGUGCAAUCUUGUACACCAGCUACCUUCAGAUCCUUGGUGCCCUUCACGAACCCUCAUCGCAAUCCGCCAAACGUGUAUUUCCACCUCCUUCACCCGGGGCCACCUUUGCAGCCGGCUACGCGGCAGGAGGGAUUCAAAGCUUGAUAGCCGCCCCUUUGGACGCUCUCCAAAUAAGGUUCGAGAAGCGUGAGAAGCACUACGAGAACAAGAGCAUGUGGGCAUAUGCAAAGGGAAAAUUGGGAGAAAUUGGUAUGCGAGGUGUCUUCGCUGGAUGGGGCUUAUCCUUCAUGAAAGAUAGCCUCGGCUGCGGAGUCUUCUUCAGUGUCUUUGAAUAUUUGAAAGCGCAAAGCUACUACAAAUUCGUCGCCGUUUACUAUGGCUCCCUCGAACCUUGGGUUGUCACGCAACUGGCAGAGGUCAGGGACACACCAAGCACUUCACGCCAUGAUGUUCCAGUCAUUAAACCGCACUACGUACUCGAGCCUGGGUUUCUCAUGCUUGCAGGUGUCGCCGCAUCUGUUGCACAGCAGGGCGUCAUUUAUCCUCUGAACAAAAUUCAGACAAGGCAUUAUGAGCGCCUCGAAGCGCUUGACCGUCAAGCGCGAACAUACGAGCGCUACCCGUCCUCAGGAAGAAUGAUGAGAGCAUAUUACCUCGCCUACCAGGAAACAUGGCGCCAGUGUAUGACGGAAGCUCAGGGUAUUGGGGGUUUUAGAAAGUGGCUGUUCAGAGGGUUCUGGUGGAACAGCAUAAAGCAGACUCCUGCCACGAGCGCAGGUCUAGUCAUCUUCGAAUUGGUCAGGAGAAGAUAUGGCAUUGGGAAUGAAGAAGUCAAGAUCAACGAGGAUGGCUAUGAUAUCCUGCUGUCGUAA